AUGAUCAGUUACUUCGAUGUUGUGGUCGUCGGGAGCGGCGCUGCGGGGCUGACAGCUGCAGCAAUCGCUGCAUCCGAAGGACUCAAGACAUUAGUUGUUGAAAAGCGAGCCACCCUUGGAAGAACUACAAUGCUUUCUGGUGGAACAGUUUGGAUUCCGAAUAAUCUCAUAGCUAAACGUCACGGAAUUUGCGACACAGAAGUCAAGGCUAAUACGAAAGAGUAUUUAAAAAAAGGUCCUCAAAUGAUCUCCUACUUAGAGAAUAAGACUCUAAAAUGGAAACUGUCAAAAUUUCCUGAUUAUCAACCUCGCCUGGAAGGAGCUCUGCCUGCUGGAGGCCGGACAAUCAAUCCCGAAAUAUUCGAUGCUGAGCCACUAGAAUCCUGGAUAUCAUACCUGGAUUUAUCAUUAAACACGAAGAUACCGUACUUCGAAAGUUUUGGGGAUGCCACACGAUUGAGGGCCCCAGUCACUCAAAUUGGUCAGGAUAGUCCUGAUACCAAUCCAACUGGCAACCUAGGGAAUUUAACAUUAUCUAUGGGCUGUUCCCUCAUUGCGCAGUUGCUCCUUAUCUGCAAAUUGUCCAAUUGCGUGACUAUUUGGACUGAGACUAAGUUUUCAGAUCUACUGUUGGAGGGGAAUACAGUUGUUGGGGUUGAGUUGCAGAGGGGGAAUAAAAGGUUUAGUGUGCAGUCGCAAGCAACGUUCUUGGCUGUCGCUGGCUUUGCACGUAAUAAAAGGAUGCGUGAGAAAUAUUUGCACAAGCCUACGGAUAUGAAAUGGACGCUUGCUCAAUUGAACGGGGACGACGGGUAUGUUCUUGAUAUAAUGAAGUCCAAAGGAGCAAAGACCAGCUUAUUGGAAGAGACAUGGGGUAUUCCUACUAUGGAAGAUCCUUUAGAUGGGAAUUUAAUACCCAGCGUGUUUGUGAUGUCUAAACCCCAUUGCAUUGUUGUCGAUUCUUUUGGGCAUCGCUUUUGCAGUGAAGCACGUCCAUAUGGGGAUUAUAACCAAGUUGCGGAUGCCAUAACUCCUUCGCGGUUGAUUCUCGAUAGCAUGUACCUUGGAAAACGUGGAUGCCUCAAACGAUCUUCUUCUCUCUCCGGGCUUGCUAAGCAGCUGAAGAUUCAGCCAAAAACAUUGGGAAAAACUGUUAGUGAGUGGAAUAGUAUGUGCGAAAAGGGAAGGGAUAUUUAUUUUAGGAAGGGAGAAGAUGAGUACCAACAAUUCAUUGGCGAUGAAAGCAUGAAGCUAAAUCUAAAUAUGGGUCCUAUUUUUGUCUCACCCUUCUAUGCAAUUCAGAUAUUUCCCGGAGAUGCUGGGACUAAAGGCGGACUUUUAACGGAUGAGAAAGGGAGAGUGCUUUAUGAAGCUGGAGGUGUAAUUGACGGCUUGUAUGCAUCCGGAAACAUAACGGCAUCGCCCUUCGGCAAACCUUCGAUAGGUGCAGGAGUGACGAUAGGCCCUGCUAUGACAUUUGCAUAUAUUGCUAUGCUAGAUUUAUGCGAAAAGCUUUGCCGAUAA